GGAAAAACGUGGUGCCGAAGCUAUUUCUCCUCGGUUGCGGCAGCCUUCAUUUCAUGUGGCAACUUGACCAUCAUCACUCACUUUCCUAUUCACCCUCAAAUCUAUAAAUCUCUGUCGCUGAACUCGUGGAGAAUGUCUGCUUCUCUUGCUCCCGAGUGCAAUGAAGUCAAAGAGAAAUAUGACACCUGCUUUUUGAAAUGGUACUCUGAAAGCUACAUCCGAGGAAACUCGUCAACGGACGAGUGUGAACCGUUGUUUAAAAAGUACAAGAGCUGUCUUACGAAAGCGCUCAAGGAUAGAGGAAUCGACACCAUGCUGAAUGAUGCUCGCGAAGGGACAAACGAAACCGACGCCGAACACAUGCGACGAUGACACACGUCAAGUCCACUCUUGAACUAUCUCGGCACGACAAGAUCGCUCCUCAAAACCCACUUCUCACCACUCUUGACCUCUUUGCCCUCAUGUAGCAGGCAAUCGUCACCAUGUUUAUGAAGCAGCGCCAUACCUGCUUCUAGCCCUACAAUUAUCGGAUCCGGGGCUCGCUCUUUCUUUGUCGCCGGUUCGGGGUAGAAGGCUGUUUCUCCUCCUUCGCAUGUUGUAAGAUAGAUCAAAAGCGUCCAGGUGGUUUUGGCGGGGACUGAAUCAUCGCCGAAUUGUAAUUUAUUGCUCUCGUCAUAAUGUUGAUCGAAAAAUUGUCCAGGACGAUACCUGUAUACUCUGAUAUUGGGGUUCAAGCCCAACACACGACCACCAAAAGAUAUCUCAUUUUCGGGCCGUUGAACCAGGCUCUGAAGUCCGCUGCGUUCCCACAACAUCUUUGCGAAUGAUGCAUCUUGAAUCUGAAAUCGAUCGUUGACUCUUGUGGCCUCACCCCGCUUUGGUUUGCCAGGAGUGGUGGUCAGUGGUAAAGAUGACAAGAAAGCAACAUAGUUUUUGCAUAAAGUCGAAGUGAAAAGAUUCCGAAUGACUAGAAUUUGGUCGUCUAGGACUGUGUCGAUUGAAAGAUCGUCGGUUGGGACGAGAGGAUCCAACGGUGGCCAGUUGGGAGUGGAGGCUUUUGGCUGCGAUUUGAGCUCCGAGUCGGCGGUGGCCUUGACAGGUUUCUGCUUGCCUCGAGGUGCCAUUGAAGAGACAAUAAACUUGAUACUAACUAGGUUUGAGCAUCC